AUGAAUAUUCUAAAGAUUGAAUACGAGAUAGACACCCUAUUGGAGAUUGUGGAUGAACGAAUAAGAUUAAUAGAUGUGCUACAUAUGCAGCCUUCGAAGAAUGAUAAUAUGAAACUUAAGAAGCAUCUCAAUCAAUGUAUUGACCUACUCAAAGAGUACGAAAAUGAUGUGAUGUCUUCGGAACAAGAGAAGUUUGAAGAAUUGGUUUCGAAGUACAACGAGGCUGUUGAAAGUUUGCCAGACGGUGUAGUAGACAGAAUGAUAUAUCACUUUGAGCUAAAACCACACUUCAAAGAACAGAAAAAGGUACGCUUUAAGGAGCAGCUUCUGGAAGAAUAUGAACAGCAUGAGCCUAGCAAAAGCUUUAAACCAUAUAAGGAUCAUGAAGAAGAUACGGAUGAUUCGCUAGAUGCGAAAAAGCAGGAAUUAUUAGGGAACCAGGAGGCAGGAACUCCACAGUUAAGCAUUUCUAAACAUGUUUCAAAUCACGAUAUUUUCAUUCAGCAGCAGCAGCAGCUAAUGGAGCAGGAAACCCAUCUGUCGGGGCUCUCGGAUUCUAUAAGCAGGACUCAUGGCAUAUCUCUUGAGAUCAACCAGGAAGUAGGACAUCAAAAUGAAGGUCUUUUAACUGAUCUCGAAAGACAAGUGGAUAGGAGUGAAGGUAACUUGCAGAGAGCGGGAAGACGAUUAGAUGCAUACAGAGCCAAUUCGAGGGAGAAAAACACUUGUUUCAUCAUUGUAAUAUUAACGGUGAUUCUCUUUAUAUUAUUGAUUAUCUGA